GUUACUGAAAGCCUCCAAUAUCUGUUGUCUAGGUGAAGGCGGAAGUAGAUCCCGACUUCCUACUUAGUUCCGGAUAUGUCCAAGGAACUGUCUGGGUUCAACCAAAACAGAAGCAGAAAUCGCAAACUCCAAGAGACGGAGCCGGAGACAAGACUAAAAAACUUAACACUAGUCAUUAGAAAUUUAUUUUAAUUAUUAAUUAUAAAGGGAAAGGGGUGCAAUUUAAAUUAGCAUUACAGUGCCAGUAAACUUCACAGCGGUCCCAUCAACCUUAACCCUUUAGUCAUAGUUUUUGUCUCUUGCGACUUUUCACAGCUGUGGCAGAGAAAUGUGCGAGACACUUUGUUUGAAAAUCCGCGUUCAAGUAUUUAAUAUAAAAUUUGGAAAUAUCUCCUAUUGUUGUAAAUAAUAGUCUAGAAAUGAAAGAGCUAUCUAAAAUGAAAUCAAUAUUCCAACUUCUAGUCAAACACAUACUGAGAUAAAAAUCGACUAGAGCUUAGUAACUGAAACUGCAAUCUUCCAAUUUAAUUAACUUUGACUAAAGUGUCAUUAUCACCUUACUGAUAAUAGUUUUUUAUUUUGUCGUUCAAAUCUCCGAAAUAUGGAUGUGGGGGGGGGGGAUUAAUGAAAAUAUAAUCCUCUUUAAAACUUAACAGUGGCCAAAAUUUUAAUCUUGUUACAUGAAACAUUGACUUAACUAAAAAAUUUAAUUUACAAAAUAGAUUUUACAUUGCACAUUAAUGUUUCUAUAUUACAGACACAAUAUGGGGGAGAAUUGUCCUUUAUGCAAGAUGGAUGUAGAAUGUUUAAAGGUCCACUGGAGAAUUAAUCAUAAAAAGCUCGAGUUCUCUCCAGGAAAAGUAAACCUGGGGUUUAAAGGGGGAAAGAAACACAAAAAGAAAGAGAGAAUAAAAUGCCCGCUUUGUCAGAAAAAAGUGAAAAACCUUGAUCAACACAAGUAUCAAGUUCAUCCUAUCCGAGCUGAACCAACUCCAUUUAUUGAACUAAACACUGAACAGGAAUCCUCCCCGAUUACUCAACAUAAUUUAGAGUUUAUUAGAAUAGUGAAUUCAAUAUUACUUAAGAAGAAACGAAUAGGAUUGAAGCGACAGAUCGGGAAACGAUAUCCAUUUCUUCCUCUUUAUACGAGGAACUCAGACGUUUUUGAGCCAAAUAUCAAAUGUGAAGACAUAAACAUGGAAAUAGAUAAAUUGGAUAGUGUUAGGUUAAUUAAGGAUCUUGUGAUUGGGAUGGAUAUAAAGGAGAGACUAGUGUGUUACGGUCUGUUCUUCAAAAAUCUGCCUUUAUCUGAUGAUAUAGUUAGGAAGAUUCGGUGUCCAGACUGUGAUGUUUUAAUGUUCCAAACCACCUUACCCUCAAAAGCGCUUAGAACCAGAAUUUGUAAAGAAGUGAAGGAUCAUCUUCUAAGUUGCUCUUUAGAUGAAGAUUCAAGCUCGAAACGGUUCAAGCAAUUAUCCCGACAGUACAAACCAGUAAACAGACUGAUGAUACAAACUGCAAUCUGUGAGGCGGAUACCGACCUUCUGGCGGAGUAUCUACAAAUCUACCAAUCCGGCGGAAUAAACGGCGGAAAAUCGAGAGAAAAGUUCUUUGUUACUGUUCAAUCUAUUCUUAGUAAACUGGAAACCGUUCCUGGCAGUGUUCUAGAAUUCCUUGGUCGCGAAUUUGCACCCGUUCAGAUUACCGAGGAGGACUUAAAACCGGAAGUAAAACAGGAACCUGGACCGGAAUUAAAUCGGGAACUUGCUGAUAUUAUCGAAGUGAAACCACCAACCGAAGAACCGAGUGGAGAAAUGCGGGAAACUGAAACUGACCUUGAAAUCGUUCAGAAAGCCGCGGUUGAUUCCCUGCUAACAUGUUUAACUAGUUAUGUUGCUGAACCUAGUAUUAAAGCUGAGCCCUGUAUUGAUAAUUUACCGUUUGUGGAGUUGGCUCCGCAUGCGGAGGCAUUGAUCAAAGUGGAGGAACCGAAAAAGGAACCGUAGUCGUAAACUAGUAGUUUCAUUUGCGGAUCCGGAACCUGUAAACUUAAAUUUAAAUAAGUGGAUCCGGAUCUAGCUCAUGAAUAUUUCCAAAUUUGGACAUUUUCUUUCACCAAAAAAAAAUUCAAAAAUUCUCUUCUUUUUUAACGGAGUUACCAUUUAAUGUUAAAAAUCUUAUUUGCAUUCACUUGAAAUGUGUGUUUUUGACGUUAUGUCUUUUUUUCACUUGGAUCCGGAUCCGGGCUAUGCUUUUAAUGUACAAACAAUUUAGUUAAUCUGGUUUUUCUACAUGAAAUAGGUCUGUUUUGUUAAGGAUUCAGCAACUUAAUUGAUAUCCGCUGCGUACAAUUUUCAAUCAUUGAUUUAAACAUAAGCUUGUGAAUUAUGUCAAUAUUAAGCCUUGAUCCAUUAAAGAGUCAUGCUCCUUUUUUUAUUUUUUAUUUUUUAUGCUUAAUUUUAAUAUGUCAUUCAUUCUAAUUCUACCACUAGAUAUUCAUUCUGACAAAUCACAUAGUUUUUACGACAAAAUUUAUUUCAUCAUUUUUUCAGA